AUGUCCUCACAAGAUAAUAAUAAAAUUACUAAUACUGCCAAAUUCCAAGAUGAGUUUGGUAAAUUUAGUAAGAAUUAUAGUUCUUUUAGACCUCUUUAUCCCGACUCAUUGUAUCAAUUGAUCGAUGAAACUGUCGAAAAGGAUAAAAGAUCUUUAGCCGUAGAUGUUGGUUGUGGUUCAGGCCAAAACUCAAUUAGAUUAGCUGCACUUUUUAAAAAAGUGAUUGCUUUUGAUCCAUCCGAAGGUCAGAUUACCAAUGCUUUAAAACAUGAUAAUGUAGAAUAUCAUGUUGGUAGUGCUGAAAAAAUUAAUGUACCAGAUGACAGUGCUGAUUUGGUUACCGUCGCUACAGCACUUCAUUGGUUUAACUUACCAAUUUUCUUUAAAGAAACAGAGAGAAUCUUAAAAUCUGGUGGUUUUUUCAUUGGAUUUACCUAUGGUUUUCAUGAAAUUUCAAAUAAUGAAAAAGCCAAUUUAGUUAAUAGGGAAUUACACGAAACUACAAUUGGCCCAGAGUACUGGAACCAAGCCGUUAGAAAAUUAGUUGAUGGUGGCUAUAAAGACAUCGUUCCACCAUUUAAAGAAACCAAAAGAACCUCACUUAAAUUCCACACUAGAGUUUCAAUCGAGUCUUUAAUUGGUCACUAUUCAUCAUGGUCCGCAUACAGUCAAUAUGUAAAAACCAACCCAGAUCCACUCCCACAAAUUAAAGAAAAAAUCUUAGAGGCCUAUGGUACCACUGAUGAUCAAUCACCAAUAGUCGAAUGCGAAUAUACCAUUUCAAUUAUAAUCUCAAAAAAAGAUUAA